AUGCACCAGCCGGCAGGAUCCACGCUGAUGGAGGAAAGCAUUAUCCUACCGGAUGAGGUGGAAAAGACCUUGGCCAGCUUAGAUAGGGGCAAGGCGGCGGGACCGGACGAAGUCCACCCGGAACUGCUUAGGCCUCUAGGGAGUAUCCUGGCAGCCCCGUUAGCUCGCCUCUUCAAGCUGUCGAUGGCAAGAGCAACAUUGCCACAGGAAUGGCAAGCAGCUACUGUGGCUCUCAUUCACAAAGGGGGUGAUUAA